AACUGCCUCAACACUUUUCCCUGUGUCACCGUGCACCAAACUAAUAAGGCGGUUGGAUUCUACCUUGACCCUUAUAAAUAACGAUGCACCAUCUUCCUCUCAGAUUCCGCUUCCCACUCGCUUCUCAAUCUCACCCCACUCUGUUUUUUUCUCCCCAGAAACAGAGUGAUCAUAAUCAACAAUGGCUCUGUUUUCGUACCACCGACAUUCUUCUCAGCCCUUCUUCACUUUCUUCCUUUUCCUCCUCCUUAAAGGGGUUUCAGGUGCAACAUUCACGUUCGUAAACAAGUGCGAUCACACAGUAUGGCCAGGGAUCUUGGGCAAACCAGAUAUCGGAAGCACAGGUUUCGAGCUCUCAAAGGGUUCCACAAAGAGUUUCCAAGCUCCUACGGGCUGGUCGGGAAGAUUCUGGGGCAGAACCGAUUGCAAAUUCGACGAUCAAGGCAAAGGAACAUGCGCCACCGCCGACUGCGGCUCCGGCGAGAUCAACUGCAACGGAGGCGGAGCCUCUCCUCCGGCCACCCUCGCCGAGUUCACUCUCGGCACCGGUUCCAUGGACUACUACGACGUCAGCCUCGUCGACGGCUACAAUCUCCCCAUGAUGGUGGAGGCCAGCGGCGGCACCGGCUCGUGCGGCGCCACGGGAUGCGGCGCUGACUUAAACAAGCGGUGCCCGUCGGAGCUUCGAGUGGAGGGCGGUGACGCGUGCCGCAGCGCGUGUGAUGCAUUCAAGAAACCGGAGUAUUGCUGCGACGGAGAAUUCGGAAACCCUAACACGUGUAAGCCAUCUGUGUACUCUGAAAUGUUCAAGAGUGCAUGCCCCAAAUCUUAUAGCUAUGCUUAUGAUGAUGCCACCAGCACUUUCACUUGCUCCGAUGCUGAUUACACCAUCACAUUUUGUCCCUCUUCUCCGAGUCUAAAAUCUUCUACGGAUUCAUCCCCCAAGGCAGCUGGUUCAGAUUCGGGUUCGGAUUUAGGGUCGGGGUCAGGUUCGUCGGUGGAGCAGUCGGCACUAGGUUCCACAUCAUGGCUAGCGGAUAUGGCUACGGCCACCGGGUCGGCGUCCACAAGAAGCAAGCCUUUUGGGGGAUCAAUUUUGGUGGCGGUUGCUUUCUUUCUUUCUCUUUUGCUAGCUUAGUAUAUUCGUGACACUCUUCAAAGUGACAUCUUGCAUCCUUAUCUUCCUUUUGGAGAAAAUGGGAUUAGUGGCAUCAUAUAUGAUUGAUGAAUUGAAUUACUAUGUAAAGUAUAAAAGAAUUUCAAUCAUUAAUUUGUUGCGGAAUUGUUA